AUGCUCCCCAAUAAAACCAAACCCCUUCUUCUCUCAAAGUCUCAACCUUCAAUACUUCGUUUUCUCCCGCCACGACCUUCCCUGUGCCAAAUCAAGCAAACCCAUGCACACGUCGUCGUUUCGGGCCACCACGCCCGCAUCACCGCCCACCUUCUCUCUCUACUUUCUCUCUCCUCCCCCGUUCCGUUCCCGCUCCAUUACUCUCUCUCCCUCUUCAACUCAAUCCCGUUCCCCACCGUCUUUGCCUUCAACUCCCUCAUCCGCUGCCACGCCAAAGCGAACUCACCACCCUCUCUUUCUCUUUCUCUCUACUCUUCAAUGCGACGCCGUUUCCUCAACCCCAACCAGCACACCUUCACCUUCGUGCUGCACGCGUGCAGUAAGAGCACAAACACCAACCCGGGUGUUCAAAUUCAUGCACACUUGAUCAAGUUCGGCUAUGCAUGCCACGUGUUUGUUCGGAACGCGCUGAUUCACUUGUAUUGCGAGUGUUCCUGUGUUGAUUCUGCCAAGAGGGUGUUUGCAGAAGACACCCUUUGCAGCGACGUGGUGACAUGGAACUCCAUGUUGGCCGGUGCGGUGAGAAACGGGGAAGUUCGUUUUGCAGAGAAGAUGUUUGAUGAAAUGCCUGAAAGGGAUGUUGUGUCGUGGAGCACCAUGAUAACGGGGUACGUUCAAAAUGGGCUCUUGGAGGAUGGGUUGGAGUGCUUUAGAGACAUGACGGAGACAAGGGUCAGGCCUAACGAGGCAAUAUUGGUGACUUUGCUUUCGGUUUCGGCGCAGCUGGGUUUACUUGGGUAUGGGGGGGUUGUUCAUUCUACCAUUGAGGGGUUGAGGUUUCCAAUGACUGUUCCUAUAGGGACUGCUUUGGUUGACAUGUACGCAAAGUGUGGUUGCAUUGAAAAAGCUAGGAUCUUGUUUGAUGGGAUGGUGAAGAAGGAUGUGUGGACGUGGAAUGUCAUGAUUUGUGGGCUAGCUUCGCAUGAUCGUGCAAAGGAGGCACUCACACUGUUUCAGAGGUUCAUUGAUGAAGGUUUUCGUCCCGUGAAUGUGACGUUUGUGGGUGUGCUUAAUGCUUGUAGUAGGGCCGGUUUGGUGGGUGAAGGGAGGCAUUACUUUAAGUUGAUGGUGGAUGGUUAUGGCAUUCAGCCAGAGAUGGAGCAUUAUGGGUGCAUGGUUGAUCUCCUGGCUCGUGCUGGUUUAGUUGAUGACGCAGUUCGGUUGAUUGAGGGAAUGACAGUUGCGCCGGAUCCUGUGAUGUGGGCGACGCUGCUUGAUGCGUGCAAGCUUCAUGGAUAUGCGGAGAUGGGGGAGAAGAUUGGGAAUAAGUUGAUAGAGUUGGAUCCAACGCAUGAUGGGCAUUAUGUGCAGUUGGCUGGAAUAUAUGCAAAAGCGAGAAAAUGGGAAGAUGUAAUUAGGAUUCGGGGAUUAAUGAGUGAGAAAAUUGCCAGCAAAGUUGCUGGGUGGAGCUUGAUUGAAGUGCAGGAUAGAGUUCAUCGCUUUGUUGCAGGGGACAGAGAGCAUGAAUGUUCUUCAGAUAUUUACAAAAUGCUUGAAACAAUAGGAUUGAGGAUAGCUGAAGCUGGUUUAUUCACUAAAGUAUCUUAA